AUCUUAGCGAUUAUUAUUAACGGCUAAAUUAAAAAAACGUAAACACAAACAGAUUAUUUCGUAUCAAUAUGAAAACAUUAACAACGACUAUAACGUCAGAGGAGAAACGAAAUAAGCAUAGGAAUAAAUCCAACUAUGAGAAGAAAACGAAGUAUAGAACUGAGGAUACCGUUAAAAUUGAUCAGGAAGUUAUAACCGAUAGUGUAAAAAACGAAACUCCAAGAAAGAUUAAAACGGUAUCCGAAGAACAACGAAAAAUAUUUCUCUCUACUAUUGAUCCUUUCGAUGCUCCUUUGAAAUGGUGGGAAAAAGAACACGUAAAAUAUGCAAUAAAUUAUCCACCGGUGAAAUCUCGUUUAGAGAAAGUAAUGGGGACUCAUAUCGUGCGUCUAACCGAUCGUAAAUACAUGUCACUGCUCGCGAUUAAGCUCCUCGAAGAUCAUGUAAAACAACAGAAAACUCGUAUCAAAAGGAGAAAGUUAUCGCCACCACUGAUUAUAUCCCGAUUGUUAGAACUAUCUUAUAAAACGCUAAAAGAAAAGAUGAAGCAACCUAAAUUCACUAAAUUAAAACUCUAUGUGUGAUAAAGGAUCGUAAUUAUCAUCGCCGUUUAUCCAACAUGAAAUAUGUAUGUAUAACGU